AUGCAACAACAAAUGCAGACCCGGGAAGAACAAGUGGAGUGGACUAGCUUUAGAACGCGGUUCCUGGAGAAAUACUUUCCUGACACGGCCAAGCGAGACAGGGAAGAGGGGUUUCUAGCAUUGCAGCAGGGAGAGAUGACAGUACAGGAGUACGUAAAUAAGUUUAAGCACCGUGCGAGAUACUACUCACAGAAUAUUACAGAAGAGUGGAGGUGCUUGAAGUUUGAGCGAGGACUCAAACAUGAAUUGAAGAAGGUGGUGACACCUUUGAGGGAGAGAAGAUUUUCGGUCUUGGUGGAACAGGCCAAGAGUGUUGAUCAUCUGGAGAAGGGCCCUGGUCCAGUUAUGAGCCGACAUCAGAAAAAUGUCACUGAGGCUAGUUGCCCAGAAAAGAAGAGUUUGAGUGUUAAGAAGCCAGCAGCAUCGCCAGCAGAGAGAGCUAGAGCGGCUGGCAGGGUCUUUGCUUUGACCUCCACAAAGGCUACUAAAUUAGGUAAUCUCAUCCUUGAGCCAUGUUUAAUGUUGGGACAAUCAGUUUUGGUGUUGUUUGAUUCUGGAGCAACACAUUCCUUCAUUGCUAAUGCGUGUGUGGGGAGAUUGAAAUUGGUGAAACGUGAUUUGGGGUGCGAGUUGCUCAUUUCAACUCCCUUCUCAGGUCAAGUGGCUACCAGUUCAGUCUGCGUUGGGUGUUCAAUGGAAGUGGCAGGUCACAGAUUCAAGGUGAACUUGGUGUGCUUGUCUUUGGAGGGACUGGAUGUAAUCUUGGGGAUGGACUGGCUGUCUAACAAUCACAUCAUAAUUGAUUGUGGACGGCGCAUUUUGGUAUUCCCAGAACAUGAGGGAUUGGAGCUCAUCUCGGCUCAGAGGGUGAUAAAUGAAGUAGAAGCCGGAGCCAUCUGUUUUAUGAUAGUGACUCAUGCAGAGAAGAAUAGCACUGCCGAGAAGAUCAGUGUGAUUCCAGUAGUGGAGGAGUAUGCUGAUGUGUUUCCAGAUGAAAUACCAGAGUUUCCACCGAGUAGGGAUGUGGAUUUCACCAUCGAUCUUAUCCUUGGAGUUGGCCCAGUGUCCAUGGCGCCCUAUAGAAUGGCACCAACAGAGUUGGCUGAGUUGAAGAAGCAAAUAAAAUAUUUGCUUGAGAAGAAGUUCAUCCGAACCGAGCGCAUCACCUUGGGUAGCACCGGUACUACUAGUAAAGAAAAAUGA